AUGAAUAGCUCUGUUACUUUAAUGACUAGUCCUAUAUUAUAUAACCUAAAUUAUAUAUCCUUAAGACAAUGUGUGAGAGAUAGAGAGGACAAGGUGAGGGGGACAUUAAGUGCACUAUUAUCAAUUUAA